AUGUGGUCGCCCAGCCCCGUCACCGUCGCGGGCUUCACAGCCCCGGGCCAUGUCGCCCUCGUGGCCAAGGUUUUGAUAGCAGUCGUCUUCCUCCUGCUGUUUCGCCAAUUCAUGCUGCCGAGGCCCAUUCCUGGCAUCCCCUACAACAAGCACGCGGCCAAUCGCAUUCUGGGGGACGUUCCGGACAUCAUCAGCUCCGGCGACCGUCGCGAAUGGUUCGUGAGCCAGGCCAUAAAACACAAGUCGCCCAUGGUCCAGUUCUUCACGAGCCCCUUUCGUCCGCCUGUCGUUUUUCUCUUUGAUCACCGCGAGGCGCAGAACAUCUCUAUGCGCCGCAUCAAGGAGUUUGACCGGAGCCUCCUGACGCGUGAUGUCUUCAGCAUCGCCGUCCCGCACCAGAUGCUCGCCCUCCAAUCCCGCAAUCCCCAGCACAAGAAGAACAUGUCCCUCGUCCGCGAGCUCAUGACGCCAACCUUCCUCCGCCAGGUCUCGGCCCCGCACAUCCACGAAAAGAUCCUCUGGCUGCUCGACCUCUGGGCGCAAAAGGCCGCCGUCGCCGACGGCCGGCUCUUCAACGCCAACACCGACGUCCACCACGCCGCCCUCGACAUGAUCAUGGGCGCCUCCUUCGGCUUCGAGAAGCACCAGUCGCAGCUGCAGGUCAAGCUCGACAGCCUGCAGCGCGAAAAGACAUCCCUGCCCGCGCCCAAGGCCGCUGGCGGCGGCGGCGACGACGAGGUCCUCGAGUUCGACGACCCGCCCAUGCUGCGGGAACUGCAGGCCUGCAAGACCAUCGCUGACAGCAUCGGCGUCAACCUCAAGUCGACCGUGCCCGUGUUCAACGCCUGGUUCUACCGCAACAUCGUCCCCAGCAUGCGCGGGGCGCUCAAGACGUAUCGCGGCAUGGCGCGGCGCGAGAUCAGCAAGAGCCUCGAGAGACUUCAUGCGGGACAUCCGGACCGCAGUGCCAUGGACCAGCUACUGGCCCGCGAGGACGUCUUGGCGAAGAAGGAGGGCAGGAAGCCGGACUAUUACAGCGAGGUGAUCAUGGAUGAGCUUCUGGGCUACCUCAUCGGCGGCCACGAAACGACAUCCUCCGUACUGCAAUGGGGCCUCAAAUACACCACCGCCGACCAGCGCGUGCAGAACAAGCUUCGCCAGACGUUCUACAAGCAGUGGCCCCAGGCCAAGGCCGAGGGGCGGCUCCCGACGUUGGAAGAGAUGACGGAUCCGACGGUAUACAUCCCCUACCUCGAGGCCUUCAUGCAGGAGAGCACCCGUCACGCCAAGGCCCUUUCCAUCAUGAGCCGCCAGGCGCAAGUCCCAACCACUGUCCUCGGCGUGUCCCUUCCCGCAGGAACCAAUGUGACCUUCACGAACAACGGGCCCGGCUACUUCUCGGCCCCGAUCGAAGUGGACGAGGAGAAGCGCCACGAGUCGUCCCGUGCAACCAAGGGUAAAAUUGGCGGCGAGCACGACGAUAAGACGAUCACUGACUUUCUGCCGGAACGGUGGAUCAAGACCAAGGCGUCGUUCGUCGACGGGCGCGAAGUCGUGGAGGAGACAUUUGACGCCAACGCAGCGCCAUUCCUGAGCUUCGGGGACGGUCCGCGCAUGUGCUUUGGCAAGAGGCUGGCGCUGCUGGAGAUGCGUCUUUUCUGGGUCAUGCUGCUGUGGCAGUUUGAGCUGCGGCCCAUCGCGGAGGCGCGCAACCGAGACCACGAGGAGGCGGUUUUCCUGACAAGGAUCCCGAAGCAUGCGUAUCUGCGGCUUAAGAAGAUUGACUACGAGAAAUCGUAA